GGCAACCAACCAACAUUCAACAUAACGCAACUUUGUAAAUCGAAACCGGGUUGCAAUUUUGCAAAUCUUUAAACCAGUGAUAAUAUCGAUCGAUAUUCGUCGAAAGUGAUUUGCUUUUUUUUUUCGUAACCCCGCAGGCUGAUUGAAUUUUUUUUUAAAAUUAUUUUUCGUCGAGUUACCUAGAGGGUGAUUUAGUUACCGCGAACCGUUAUUUAUAGAAUUUUUCGCGUCGACAAUUUUUUUUCGUACUGUUUUACUCCUGAAACACGUGUUUUUUUCCUUACCGGUGGUGAUUUGUUGUGUUAUGAUGCGCGUCCCGACGAUGUCCAGACAACAUUACGUAAUAAACGUCUAGACUCUUUCGGGUUAAUUACAUAUUAUUUUGAACGUGUGGCCUGCUCGCAAAGGCUACCUCGACUUCAAUUGUGUUACAAUUAUUUUGUUUUGUUUUAAAUAAUCGACGAUAAUAUUUUGUGUUUCACUACCUAUUGACCUGAAAACCAAAGCAAUCAUGGACGUAAGUGGAUACACACUCCAAUAUUCAAUUAUACUGCUGUUGAUCAGCAUUUCAACGGUAUACGCAGCUUGCACAUGCCGCGAGGCAGGCCUGCAAGUACCUAUGUGGGAAGCCCCUUGUGGAAUGAAAAUCGACAGCGACGCUUUCGACGACAAUCAUCAGAUGGAUGCGAAGAUUAAACGUUCGAUGAUCAUGAAAUCGUUGAAAGAGGUCAAGCAAAAUUUGAAACUCUGCUUGUACUUUUAUCAACGUCAAAACUACACUAUAAAGACUCACAACAUGAAGCUACCAAAGAUAUUCUCCAACGGUUGGUUACCAACGAGUCAAGAAGUUCGCGACAUCAGCGUCUCCAGCGUUGAAACUAUACCAAACAUCGAGCAAAUUUUGUACACCAUGUUACAAAAAUACGCCAUGAUGUUUACGGAAAUGUUAACCGAUGACGAGGAUAUCCCGAAGCAAAAAUUCGCCAAAAGAGUUCUCGCAGAUUUGAAAUCGCUACUCUGCGACGUGCAAUCGAGUCUAAUCUCGCUGGAAGUCAGACCAUCCGGAGAUCGACUCGAAAUCCCGCAGCAAUAUUUAUACAAAGGAUCGGCGGAAAAAACAGCGAGACAUUUGCGAGAUAUCGAGGUAAUAUCGAAAUACGGUGAUUUUCUAAAACAGUGGCUUCAAUGGAUCAGGAAAACUAGGCAACAAUUCAGGAAAAAUAAGAAGAAAAAUCGUCAAAAUUCGUAAAAGAAUGAAUUUUUUUUUCUGGUAUAUGAUUUUAUCGAUGACGACGUCGACGACCGUCCCAACCACUGUCCAGUGUCCCCUUCCUUCUGUACAUCUCCUCUAAAUUUCCGAGCUAGCUACGCUUUCCCAAGUACAUACGACUUAUGUACUGUACUAUUGUGAUAUUUCUAGACGACGAAUUACACUAGAGGAGAGAGAAGAGAAAGAGGAAGAGUAACGAGUGCUUAAGUAUACUACUUAUACCUUAAAAAUACGCAGUUCCUAGUGUUCUACAUACACCUCCCAUUACGCUUCUUCUUUCCAUUGCAACGCACAGUUGCAAGAUGUGUUGCCUAAGCCUAAGCCUCAAAAAACAAUCACAUUAUUAUUCGGCCACGACCUAGGUAGGUAUUCUAAUUCCUCGAAUUUCUGGUCAUAUACGAAUAAGGUUCCAUGUUCCAUCUGAUUUUCCACUUGUUGUUUUUAAUGUACUACGUAUGUAUUUUUUUACCGUUUAGUAUUCCUUUUAUGACUUAGUAGCUAUAUAUUUUAUUUUCGUUUAUUGUUUGUUGUGUUGUUUAUUUUUUUAAGUAUUGUAUUUAGAUGUUGUACUUUGUAUUUGGUCGUUCCAAUUUUUUUUUUUUUCAUUUUUUUGAUGACUGCCUAGUUAUUUAAUUGUUUUUACUAUUCAUUUUUUUUUCAUUUUUUUUAAAUAUUUCGUGGUAAUUUAUAAGUGUUGUGGUACUUUCUUUCCCAUAAGGCAACUAGUGGUGAUUAUACUUAUAUUCUUAAGGAAUAAGUUGAAUGUUUGUGUGAUUCGUCCUUUGAAAAAGCAAUACCUAAGGUAUCUAUGGAAAAAAUUUCUGAACGAUUUCGUGGCGGUAUUUUAAUAUUCAAUUUCGACGUUUUCGUUUAAUUUUAGAGUUUGAAUUGAACAAAAAAAUGUUUACCAGACGAAUUUUCAAAAUUAUAGAAAAACCAUUGAUUUAAAAACUCAAUGAAAAAACUAACCUCUCUCUCACCCCCCUCACCCCUUCUUCCUCUUCAUUCCAGACACAUCCAGAAUACGUCUUUUUACACGUACUUCAACCUGCAAAAUUCAGAUUUCAAUGCUCAGUUUUUGAAAUUAUAACAAAUCAAAAAUUGAAAAAUAAAAAUAAGAAUUUCCUCAUCAUCUUCCUCUCACCCCCCCUCCCCCCCCCGAAAAACAGUCAUCACUUUCUCCUACGGUGCGACAUGUCGAUUUCAGCUAAUUUGAGGUCGCUGAGUUCAAAUAUCGAUAUAUUUUUUUGAUUCGACCCUUCAGUGCCUGGUGAGUCGACCAUUUUUUUGAAAAAACGAUUCACUGAAAAAAUACUUAAAGUUUAAAUCCAAGGACUAGAUUAAUAUUCGAACUCGGUGACGCCGAAUUAAUGGGAAUCGAUGUCAAACCACGUAUUCAUUAUCAGGGCUCGGAUAUUCUAUCUCCAUAAACUCUAAAUAUGUGUUUAAAAGUUCCCUAAAAAUGCCAAAAAUGCUGUAAAACGAAAAAUAUUCCCUAAAAAUGCCAAAAACGCUCAAAAAAGUAAGAAUAUUCCCUAACGAUAUGGGUGUGUUUUACAGAAGAAAUCAUCUUCACAACAAUUUUAAUAUGUACAUAUUGUAAAGUACAAUAUUAGGAAUUUGCGAACAAAAAAAUCCUUUAAAAUUUGGUUUUGCGAAAAUCUUUGUCUUCGCUUUCACCUUGAUUUUCAUGAGAAAAUUUUGUGGGGAAAAAUGGAAAAUUGGCCAAAUAUAGGUACAGGAGGUACAAAAAUUUGGAAUUGGAUACAAUAUUCUCGAAAAAUGAGACAAAUUCUCUAAAAACCUACCUGAAAAAAGUCCCUUAAGUGCCUAAAUAUGCUUUUUCAUACUCUUAUACGAGUAGGUAGAAUAUGCGAAAAUAUGCUGUAAAAAAUUAGACUUACUUUACUGGAAAUUUUAUAAAUCGUGGGGAUAGUUGAAAAAUUCCUUGAAAAAAAUAAGAGAAUAUUCGAUCUUGGUACCCCCGAAAAAUUAACACACGACUCGUCACAGUUCGUUUUAGAAUUUUUAAUUUUAGGUCCGUUUUUCAAAUUUUUUUUUUUUUUUGAAAUUUGAUGGAGCUUGGCAACAAAUUGUGGCAAUCGACUUCAACGAGGUGUAGGAAAAAUUCCAAUCUUUUAGAUCAAUGCUUAGCUUCGUCUCUCCCCGCAAAGAGCUCAAAGUUUGAAAAAAUUUCAAUUUUUUUCUUGAUCCAGGUGAUUUUUUUAAUUCAAAAAAAAAAUGAAAAAUUUGAACUUUUGAGCUCUCAACGAAGAGGUUGAACAUUGACCUAGAAAUCCGAAAUUUUUUCCACUUUUUUCAAAAAAAUUCAAAAACGAAAUUGAAAACCUUUCACUGAAAUGAUUUUUACAGACGUUUUCCAGUUUUCCAAGUCUUUUAAAAUUUAACCACACCCAAAAUGGACGGGGAGGGGGGGACAAAUCUAUUUAAAUGUCAUCAGAGAAGAAUUUGGUUAAUUAAUGCACAAACUAUUGUCUGAUUCUCAUGAAGCUAAGAUCAGCGAAGGGGGUGAAAUUCAAAAAUUAUCGUAUGAUAGGAUUUCAAAAGCAUUGAUCUUGAUUCUAAAAUCCAUUUGAACCAAAAAUCGAAAUCGAGCCUCUCUUUGGAGCCCGAAACGUCACAAAAUGCAAUCAGUUUUGAAUAUGUAUAGGGUCACAUUGUUUUAAGAAUCAGAAUCAGCGCAUCUAAAAACACUUCAUUUCGAUACCCAUAUUGUAUUUUUUGAAUUUUCAGGCCCCGAGUCCUUCUCUGAGCCCUCAAUUUUAGUUUAGGGGGUCAAACAGGGUUCAUUAUCGGAAUAAGUGUCCUCAAAAAUCUAUAGUUCGAUGUUCAUAAUACAUUUUCAAAUUUUUGGGCUUAUAUGUAUUACGUACCUUCUUCUAGGGAUACUUAGAUUUUGCUUUUGUGGUCAAUGGACUUUUAGAAUCGGAACCAGGGUCUUCAAAAACCUAUACUUUGAUAAGCAUAUUACAUUUAGUGAAAUUUGAGGUCUCAAGCCCUUCUCUGAGUCACUCAGUUUUGGUUUCUGAGUCAAGAGUUGCUUUUUUUGACAUUUUGAAGUUUUUUUUUCAAUUUUUCCUCUCCUUAUACUCGUACAUUCAACCUAGCACUCAAUGUGAUGCUUCAUUUGUUAUUUUUUCUUGAAAAUUGAACCUCUCAAUGUCUUCCAACCACCCAUUUUGAAGAGAAAAAGCGACGAAGGACUCUGAGUGUUGAAAUCUAAAUUAAACAGAUAUUAGAACUCAGCGACCACGAAUUAAUGAGGAUCGACAUGUCACAUCACAUUUUUGUAAAACAUUUUUCAAUUUUUUUUCAAAGUUGAACCGUUGGAAGAGCACUGAGGGGUCGUAACCGAAAAAUGGGUAAAUAUUCGAACUCAGCACCCUCGAAAACCUAACAAACGACACGUCACUUGCAGUUUUCAAAUUUUUCGAUAUUCAUGGGCUGUGGGGGGAGGGGGGUGUUAGAGGGGUUGGAUCGAAAAAACAUACUGACAUUAUAACUUGGCGUCUUGAAUUCAGUAACAAUCGAUAUGCAACUUGACUUUUGAAAUUUUUUUCAACUUUGAUCAAAACUUAGGGUUUUGCGCCCCCCCCCCCCCCAAACUACGAAAGUCAAUUUUAAUUACUGAUUUUGAAUCUCCUACCUAAUCUCUUCAAAACCAAGCAAAUAAAUUUGACCCUACUUUAACCAGUCUUGAGAUAUCAGCUUGCAAAUUUGGGCAGUAGCGAAUCUCCUAUCUAAUCUUUUCAAAACCAAGCAAAUAAAUUUGACCCUAGUUUAACCAGUAUUGAAAUAUGAACUUGCACAUUUUUGGCAGUAGCUUAAACUCAGAAAUAUUCGAAAUUUCCACCCCUUUCCUACCCACAGCUCGAUUUUUCAAAAAACAGAUACUGAGAACAUAUCCAUUUUUUACUCUUUUUUUUUCUCUCAAAUUUUAAAAGCUUUUUCGUGUUUUUUUUUCCAAAACGAGUAGGUAAACAAAUAUUCAAACAUACUGCCACGAAUGAUACCUAAUUCAUUUCCAUUCAGUACCUUUAUAAUUAUUAUAAACCAAUACUAAUUAUAAUAUUUUCCAAAAUAAUCCCAUUAUGCCGGUGAUUUAAUAAAGAUAAUGUUCCAAAAUACCCGAGAUUAAAGGUAAUAAUCGAUUUUUAUGUGAUUAAUAAUUCCGUAUGCGAAAAUUUCACAAUUUUUAUUAAGUUAUUAUGCUAUACGACGCUUAUAGGUAGUAUAAGAGUACGUAUUAAUUACCGUUAAAGCAUCGCAUUCGCAUAACAAUCAUCAAGAGUGUAUGUUAUAAUAAUUAAUAAUAAAAAACACGUCGUUAAAAAAUUAAAAUCGCCAUAAUCUUACAUAAUGUAUUAACUUUAUAGCGAAUUUAUUUCGUAAUUCGUCGUAACUUUCACGCCUUUUAGGAGUAUUAUUACUUUUUUCGUGUACCAUUAUUUUUUACUUUUUUUUAAAACAAAAUUUUCUAUGAAUUUUUCAAAUACGAUGCUUCGAGGUAAGAUGAUUUGGUUUAGGUAUUUUUAAAUGUACCUAGACCUACAUACGUCUAUAUUAGCCCAGUUUAAUAUUGACCAACAACUUACAAAAAAAGCUCAUAUUACUGGGCUGCAUUGAGAGUUGAGACAAUGAGCAUUUUUAUAAAUUCAAAUUGUGAUCUCGUAAUGUAAUAAUUUUAUAUUUCUUUUUUGUAUACCUCUACCUAUUAAGAUUAAGAUUUUGUUUCUUUAUUUUUUUUUUUUUGAAUAAAUUAUGCAGAUGAAAUCGUAUUGUUUGUUUUGAUUGAAAAGAAAAGUAUAAUCGAUCGAUACAGGAAGAGUGUGACAUAUCACAAUCACACCUACAUAUCAAAAAACACAUAAAACAGAUUAAUACACCUUCGCUAUCUCCUAAAUUUAUAACGAUCAUAGCAAUUAAAGCAAGAUCAUUAUAAUUUAUAUAGACCGCA